UCUUCGACACGGCAGGUCCAUCGACAUAUACACAGCGGCAAUACUUCAUCAACAGCAAUGCAGAUUUCAGGAAAUCUUUUGUUGAGCUAUCUCAUCACGACUGGCUUCUCGGUUGUCGCUGCACCUGCUAUUGGCACAAGUGGUGGCCGACGCGGCCUCGGGUGGGAUCCCAGCUCGCCGGCAAGUUCGGCACUCAAGUAUAUUGGCAACAAGGUUGGCUGGUACUUCAACUGGUCGCCUGAGCCUUCUGCUGGCAUGCCAGGCAACUGGGAAUUUUACGCCAACCAGUGGGGAUCCGGCGAUAUCCAAAAUUUGGCGAACCGUCUGCAAGGCCGACCCAAGUUGAUUGGCUUCAACGAGCCUGAUUCUGCAACACAAGCACACUUGAGCCCUGGAGCUGCCAUUUUGUUGUACAAGCAAUACUUGACUGGCCUGAAGGGACAAGGCAAGAUCUCGCAGCUCGGUACUCCUGCCAUCACCAACUCGAUGCAACCAGGGGAAGGCUUGAGCUGGCUCUCGCAAUUCAUGGCUGGUUGUGGUGAUUGUGGACUUGACUUUGCUGUUGUUCAUUGGUACUCGACUGACUUUGAGGACUUUAAGAGGCACGUCACCACAGCGCACGAGAUUACCGGUCUCCCCGUCAAUGUGGCAGAGUUUGCCUACACGUCGUGGCAGUCUAGCAAUGAACCCUCUGAAGCAGUUGUACAAGACUUUAUGAACAAGGCUGUUGCAUGGCUCGAAGCGCAAAGCUUUGUCUCUGCGUACGCCUGGUUUGGUUCCAUGUAUGUGAGUGAAGCCAAGUAUCCCUCUCUUGGUGCUGCCAACUCGCUCAUCACGCAAGAUCUCAACAGCCUUACGUCGCUGGGUUACUCUUACGCGGGCUGAAGCAGCUGAUGAAGAUUUUUUUUGAUGACCCAUCGAGAAAUGAAGUGAUCGAUGCAUUUCCUAUACUUUUCUACAAAGCGCAAUGACUGAGGCUGCCCUGCAGGCAUGAUCACAGCCUCGUCGUCUUGCUGCCAUAUACAUCUUUAGAUAGCUUGAAAUACUAUGUUUACAAAUUCGCUGGCCGUUCGGCGCGCUUCUUGAGAUUGCGCUCGGCUGACACGCGUAACGCUGCAUGUUGCGAGACCA